AUGGCGUCCUCGAGCGCCACGCCGCCGUCGACAUCGACGUCCGCAGCAGCAGCAGCGGCUUCGCUCAAGGUUGCUGCUGCUGACGCGCCAAGUGACGGAAAACUGCCAGACCGACCGAGGCAAUUGGUCAACGAUCCUGCUCGCACUGGCUUCGAUCCCGAGACGAAAUGGUGGAUGAACUACUUCAAGAUCCUGUCGAACCAGAUGACCCCAGAGGGCAAGUUUCACUAUAGAGAAUGGCGGUACAAGGUCCACGAGGAGCGGGACUGUAAACGCUGCGAAGAGUACAAGGACUGGCUAUUCACAUAUUCCCCCGUAGUUCGAUUUCUUUCCGACAAGAUCCAAGACCUCAAUGGCAAGCUGGACCGCUCCAACAUCCAUUGCCGUCGAUGCCCCUCUAUCCUGGAGGAGGAUGGCACGGUAAACCGCCAGGCCGGCGGCUUCGAUCCCAACCAUGGCAUCCUGAUAUGUGCAAAUGAGGUGCGAGAUCGUAAGCACAUGGAAGACACGGUGGCACAUGAAAUGGUUCAUGCGUGGGAUCAUUUGCGAUGGAAGAUGGACUGGGUAGGAGACAAGAACUUGAAGCAUGCCGCAUGCACCGAGGUUAGUCUGCACAUCUUGCUUUCUGCAGCCCACCAGGUUCCUUGUGACGAGGCAUCAGUAUGGCCAUACUGA